AGGUAAUCCAGGAGAGAGACCCAGAUAAAGACUAUAAGUUAGGCUGCUAAUUGAUUCUUUGUGGAGGGACGACGCUCGCCUUGUGGGCUGAGGGCUGCGCCUGCCUCUGUCUGACCCGUUCUGACCCAACAUGGGAAGGUCAGCACACCAGCUGCUCGGUUUCCUUGGCUUUCUGGAGGUCCUGCUCUGGGGUCUACAUGUGACAGCAGCAGUUCACAGGUGUCUUGAAGGACAGUUCCAGUGUGUUUCCCAAGAAUGUGUCUCCCAGGAGAACAUCUGUGAUUACCAUAGUGACUGCACCGAUGGAUCGGAUGAAGAGCUCUGUGGGUCCUGUAACUUUGACCUGCACUCCUGUGGGUGGAAAGAUGUGAGUAGCAGCUCCUACAGAUGGAGGCUAGAAAUGGCCAACGUCAGCUCCGAGCCCGGGGUGGACCACACCACCGGCUCACCAUUCG